AUGUUAGUGUCAAAAAAUGGAAAGAAAAAAGAAGGGUAUCAUAUGGUGGUACGUGACCCUCGUUUUGAAACUUUAUGUGGAAAACUCGAUGUUACGGGGUUUCGGAAGAGAUAUGACUUUCUUUUUGAAAACAAUCUUCCUGCUGAAAGAGAGGAGCUAAAGAAGAGAUUAAAGAAAAUAAAUCACCCAGAAGAGAUCAACAAUUUGAAGCAUCGUAUAACUUGGAUUGAUAAGCAGUUGAAAUUUGAAUCAAGAAAGCAUACUGAUAUAGCAAUAUUAGCAGAGCACAAGAAGAAAGAGAGAGAAGCAGUGAAGCAUGGGAAACGACCUUAUUAUCUUAAAAAAUCGGAAAUCCGGAAGCAAAGGCUUAUUGAGAAGUAUAACAGUCUCAAGGCAUCUGGAAAGCUCGAAUCCUUCAUUGAGAAAAGAAGAAGGAAGAAUGCUUCAAAAGAUCACAGGUACAUGCCAUAUCGUCGGUCUGGUGAUAGUGAGCAACAGAACUGAUCUUUCCACAAGCUAUUAGUUGUUUAGGACCUGUAUGGUACUUCCAUCAGUGUUUUCCCUAUCAUAAAAUUGAGCUCGUAAACUAUUUUAAGUGAAAUUAAGAUAAUAUGAUUCCAGUUGAAAUUGGGUUAGAGCUCAAUUUUUAACAUUUUGUAACAAGUAUCCACUCUUUCCAAGUAACUGUAGAGUUUUUAAAUGGUUUUCACCAGCAGUAUCCAUUUGUUCCAAA